AUGGACGUUUACUGCCAGGCACUUGUGAAGGUCGAGCUGCACGCGCAUAUCCACGGAUCCAUUCGUCCGUCGACGUUAGAAGAACUCUUAGAAGAUGAGGCAAGUCGAGACGGUCGUGUGCGGUGGCAAGUGCCGUCGAAGCGAAGUCUGGACGAGUGUUUUCAGAUGUUCCAGUUGAUCCACCACGUUGUUGUGAGUCGGCACGCACUCCGCCGAGUUGUUACAGAAGCCGUGGAAGACUUUGCAGCAGAGAACGUCAAGUACCUCGAGCUGCGGUCGACGCCUCGAAGCUUGCCGAGGGAUGGUGCGACCCGUGUGGACUACGUGAAGGAAGUCGUGGCGGUGCUGGACGAGUGCUGUGCGCGACAGGACUUGGACAUUCAGGUGCGACUGCUGCUGAGUAUCAAUCGGAACCAGUCGCUCGAAGUGGCACAAGAGACGGUGGAUAUUGCACUUGAGCUCAAGAACAAGCAGAAGUGUCCGUACAUUGUCGGCAUUGACUUUAGCGGCAAUGCUGAGCGCCCCGAGUCCGAGUUUCACCGCUUUGCGCAUGUCCUCAGACGCGCCCGGGACGGUGGACUUAAACUCGCCGUGCACUUUGCCGAGCAUUUUGACGAGGAUGAGUCGAGUCGGAUCCUGGACUUUCGCCCGGACCGGUUGGGCCACGCUUGUUGUCUAUCAGAACCUCUGUAUGCCAAGAUGUUGGCACUGCGCAUUCCUGUCGAAGUCUGUCUGACCUCCAACGCACACACGCUGGCUCGAUAUCGUAACGAGGAAGACUGCAAGUGCCCAUCUAGCGCCAAUGAUGAAGUGCCGGGACCAUGUAUGUGCGGUUACGCGUUGCACCCGCACAAGAGGCUACUUGCAAACGAGCGAGGUCAAGAGCGACACGGUGUCUACCCCAUGUGUCUAUGCACCGAUGACUGCGGCGUGCUCGGCACGACACUGUCGCUCGAGUACAUGCGUGCAGCACAGGCAUUUGGGCUGAGCAACGCGAGACUUUCGGCUAUCGCGCAGGCGCCAAUCGAGUCGAUCUUUGACCAGAGCCAAGUGCCAAGAUUGAAGGCGUUGUUCAGUGGGAACACAUAG